CAGCCAAAAUUCGAGUUUGUGACGAUACUGCCGGAUGCAAACUUUGGCCCAAUCUUGUGCGGUGACCCUCACUCAACUGGCUCUUGGGUUGUCAAUCUCAUGAAAGGCGAGGACAAGGAUGCGAAGGUGGUCCCGAACCAAUGGUACAUCGACAUACGGGACGAUGCCCGUCUGCACAUCUUCGGCCUAUCCAAGCCCGAGCUGGCCGACCAGAGGAUCUGGGCCGCCGCCGGUCCGUUUGGGUGGAACGACCUCAUCCGCAUCCUUAAGAAACACUAUCCGGACGCCAACAUUCCGGACGAAAACCCGAAGUGGGUCACGAGCCCUCUGAAGGUCGAUUCGGAGGUUGGGAGGAAGUUGCUGGGAGGGUGGACGAGCUUGGAGCAGUGUGUGGUCGAUACGGCGAAGAGUGUUGGUUAUUUGGCCAUCAGUGAAUGA